AUGGUUAGAAAGUGGGAGAUUCUUGAAAGCAAAAAUCGUUUUUAUUGCGAUGGACGCUGUAUAACUGGACAUAGUCUUGGAGUAUUCAUUCUUGCUCUUGUUUUGAUUAUUGUUACAUCGGGACUAUUCUUUGCAUUCGAUUGUCCCUAUCUAACCAAACGACUAAGUCCAGCUGUACCAGUUUUUGCUGCUAUUUUAUUUUUAUGUGUUAUUUGUUUUAUUUUUCGUACGGCUUGCUCAGACCCUGGUAUACUUCCACGAGGAACUUCGGACGAAGUUCUCUAUCUUGAACGAUCAAAUAUCUCAAAUAGUCCACAUAAUGUUGCAUUACCAGGUCGAACAAUCGAAGUUCAAAUGCAAAGUGGACAUGUGAUUCAAUUAAAGUUUUGUUCAACAUGUAAAAUCUUUCGACCACCGCGUGUAUCUCAUUGUUCAUUAUGUGAUGCAUGUAUUGGAGCUCAAGAUAAACCAUCAUUUAUUGAUGCAAUUCGAGAUACACCGGCAACAGUAGUUGAAGCAAUAAUUUGUUUCUUUUCAAUUUGGUCAAUUGUUGGUCUUUGGGGAUAUCAUACAUAUUUAAUUUGUCGUAGUGUAACAACAAAUGAGGAUAUUAAAAAUACAUGGAAUAUAUCUCGUCCUGGUGUGACUAUGAAAAAUCCUUAUUCCAAAGGGAAUCCAUGUGUGAAUUGUUUUUCAACAAUAUGUGGACCAUUACCACCAAGUUUUCUUAAUUUAAGAGCUAUAGUUAAAACAGAUGAUCAUAUUAAUAUGAUAAGAAAUAAUAUGAUGAAUAAUAAUGCCGAAGAAAUGAUACGAUAUCAAACUGAAGACAACCGUCGUACAAAUAAUAAUAAUAAUAAUAAUCGAGUGUAUACGACAACAAUAAGUCCAUAUUCCGAACAAAAACAACAUCGUUAUCCACCGCGUGAUUAUGUUUAA